GGUGGAUAUUGGACAGUUUUAGUGAUAUUUCUUUUAAUUCUAUGGUUUUUGAAGUCACAGUGGGACCGUCGGCAGUUUCCACCUGGACCAAUGCCGUUCCCUAUCCUGGGGACUCUCUGGUGUUUUGGCUUCUGUUGGCAACAAAACACUCUCUCGAAGUUGUCCAAGGUGUAUGGGAAAGUCUUCACCAUCUGGGUUGGACCCAUGCCCAUUGUUGUAGUGAAUGGGUUCCACGCCGUGAAGCAAGUUCUCAUAAAUCAGGCUGAAGAAACUAACUGGCGAGUGGUGACACCUUUUAUCAGAGACUCAAUGAAAGGGAAAGGUAUUCUCUUUUCAAGCGGACCUGCCUGGAAGGAGCAGAGGCGUUUUGCAAUGGCCACGCUGCGGUCUUUAGGCCUGGGAAGGAAGUCUUUAGAGCAUCGAGUGCAAGAGGAGGCGGGCAAGCUGGUGGAGAUUUUUUCAAGCAAGGAAGGGAAGGCUUUUGACCCGUCUUUGCCCCUGUUCCACUCCAUCUCCAACGUGAUCUCCAGCGUGGUUUUUGGACACUAUUUCUCCAUUCAUGAUGAAACCUUUUGCAAGCUGAUAGAAUGCAUUGAGUAUAUGGCACAGUUUUUCCUCUCCACGUUUCACUUGUUGUAUGAACUUUCCCCAUGGCUCAUGCGCCAUCUCCCAGGACCUCAUCAGAAGGCCUUUUCAUGCUUGGAGUUUAUCCAUUUGUUUGGGAGGAAUGAAAUUCAAAAACACUUGGAGAAGAAGAAACCAGAGGAUGAGCCACAGGAUUUCAUUGACUUCUAUUUGGAUGAGAUUGACAGAAAAAAACAGGAUCCUACAUCGACAUUUGAUGAAGACAACUUGGUAUAUGUUAUUUACGAUCUCUUCACGGCAGGGACGGACACGGUUGCCACCACCUUGCGCUGGGCACUGCUCUUCAUGGUGGUGCAUCCAGAUGUUCAAGAGAAAAUUCAGGAGGAGAUUGACACUGUUCUGACACCUUUCCAACGAAUCUUCUAUGAGGACCGGAAGAACAUGCCCUACACAAACGCAGUCAUUCAUGAAAUCCAGCGCUUCAAAUUCGUCCUCUUAGUUGGAACUUUCAGACUAUGUGCAAAAGAUGCUGCUGUACUUGGGUUUCCAAUUAAAAAGGGCACAGUCAUUGCACCUGAUAUUGCUUCUGCGUUGUAUGACCCCGAACAGUGGGAGACACCCCAUCAGUUCAACCCGAAUCACUUCUUGGACAAGGAUGGGAAAUUCUUCACCAGAGAUGCCUUCAUUCCCUUUUCAAUAGGUAAAUUUAAUUCAGAGUUUGCUACAGAGAGUGGAAGGAAGGUCAAUCAGUGUCAACAAUAUUGGACUUUAGAAAGAGACAGUAAAUGCUGGAGUCAAUAUCUAGCAGUUCCCUGA